GCUUUGUAGAUAUUGAAACUCAACUUGAAUUCAUUGCUUACUUGUAUUUCGUUUUGAAAUUUAGGCAUGCUGUGGUUUUAGGAAUAUAUUUGCAUUUUUUGUGUCGUAAUUGGUUAUUUUCCUUUCUGAGAACGAUCAUGAAGGACUAAGUCACGGACUAUUGGAAUGUUCUGCUUAGUUAAUAUGUAUAAGAGAUUUAUUAUCUUGUAAAUUAUAAAUGACCUUUUGCAAAAAAUUUUCGUGAACCUGCAAGUAUUUUACACUCAUAUAGACUGCAUCGCAGUUGCUAAAAGGGUGCAUUCAAGGGUUGAUAAGUAUUCUAGGAGUCCUAAUUGUGUUCUAACCACUUUGGAGAAGUUCUAAUUAAAUUCAAACUUUUUGGCGGAUUAGGAUUAGGAUUUAGAUUAGGAAUUUAAGUAGAAAGAGUCUUUAAAGAAUUAGGAUUUGUUUCUAUAAACGUGAGUCUCAAGGUUUUAAUGAGAGGAAGAAGAAAGACAGUUUGGGUGCUCCUUAGGGUGUUCUUGAGAGGGUUGAGAGAAGAGUUCUCUGGGUUUAUGUAAGAGGGUAUACAAGGGGUUUUGGGCUUGGGUUUGGGUUAACUCAAGGGAGAGUGAUUCUUUGUAUUGGUUUUUCUCUUAUAGUGAAGAAUUUGAUUUUUUUUUCCAUUGACUUAGGUAGGGAGUUACCCAACUAUGUUAAGUUAUUUUUGCUGUAUUUACUAUAGAAAAAUUUGACGAAAGAAAUAAUUUCAUCCUAUGACAGAGAAGGGUGAAGGAUAUUCUUGUUCAGCAAGGCCUAACAAAAAUGUUGAAGGGACAAGCAGGAAAACUAGAAAAGAUGAGUGACGAAGAUUGGGUAGAGUUUGAGGCUAAGUGUGUAAGUGCUGUUCGUCUUUGCAUCGCUUUAUUAAUAAUGUUAUUGAUGAUGAUUCUGUCACGAUGAUUAUUUAAGAUAAGUUAGAAAAUCUUUAUCAGGCUAAAAGCUUAAUUAACAAGUUAUACCUAAAGUGAAAGUUAUAUAAGUUGCAAAUGGAGAAAGACGAAGACCUAGUAGAGUAUCUGAAUAUAUUCAAAGGAAUAUUGAAUUAACUGAAGAAAGUUGAUGUGAAUAUUAACGAAGAAGACAAGGCGUUGUUACUUUUUAUAUUGUUUGUCGACUCCUAUGACAAUUUUUUGGAGAUGAUACUGUGUGAGAAGGAUACAAUAACUGUGAGAAGGUCAAUGAAUGCUCUUUUGUGAUGGAUGAUGAUGGAGAUAUUCUCGCAAGCUUCAAAGGUAAUAUUCUAUCUUUCCAGAAGAGUUGGUUUUUAGGUUUUGCCUAUGUUACUCAUGUUUGCACUCAGAAGGAUUAUUUUGAUUCACUAAAUGACAAGUUGGCUAGUAAGUUGAGUUUGGAUUGCAUAGUUUGGAGGAUAUGGUGUAGGUUUCAAAGAUGUGGAAGAAUCUAAUUUUUUUAAGUCGUGUAGAUGUCAGAGUUAUGGCUACAAGGUUGGAAGCGAAGUUUUAAAAGUUAUUUGGAUUGCAUGGUCCUGACGAGAGGAAGAUUAUAUCAAGGGUUAUAUCACCUAGAAAGAAGUACAGUAAAGAUCUCAAAGGGUUGGAAACAGGUUGCACAUGCAGGGAUGAUAUAUACCUACAACAGCAAGCUUUAUUCGCGGUGCAGAAAAUGAAUAGUGAUAUUUAUGAUUUCCAGGAUGCAGACAAUUGUGAGGGAAAAAAAUCUUGCUUGGUGGUGAAACAGUGAGAGUUCUCUUUUUGGAAUCAAGUAGUGCCAUUGAUUUGGUUCUAGCUAUAUAGGCUGCAUUGGCAAGUUUACUGGAAUCAAGUACUGUGCCAUAAACUGAUUCAGUUUGUAUAGUUGUGGUGAAUUCUUUAAGCCAAUAGUUUAGUUUAUAAUUAGGUGUUGUAUCAUAAACUGAUUCAGUUGUAUAACUGUGGUGAAUUCUUCAAGUCAAUAGUUCAAUCUUUGCAGGAGGCACAAAAUGAGAAAAUACUCACUAAGGUGGAGAUUGUUAGGGUUGGUAAGUGUUUUUUUAGUUGUUCUAAUUAUGUGUUAACUACUUAGGAAGAGUACUAAUUAAAUUCAAAAUCCUUGGUGCAUUAAGAUUAGGAUUUAGAUUAGGGAUUCAAGUAGGAAGAGUUUUUAGAGAAUUAGAACUUUCUAUAAAUUCGCAUUGAGUUUCAAGGUUUGAAAAGGGGAGGCAAGAUACUUUGGGUGGUCCUUAGGGUAUUCUCUGGUAGAUCUAUAGAGAGUUGAGAGAAGAGUUCUUUGGGUUUAUGUGAGAGGGUAUACAAAGGGUUUCGGGCUUCGGCUUGGGUUUGGGUUAACUCAAGGAAGAGUGACUCCUUAUAUUAUUAUUUUUUUCAUAUAGUGAAUAACUUGGUUUUCUCCAUGGGUGUAGGCAGGGAGUUGCUGAAUCACAUUGAAUCUUGGAUCGAUGUUCUGGUACAAACCAGAUUUAAUUAGAGGUGACAUGGACUCAAUAAGACCAGAAGUGAAGGAAUUCUAUUCCAACCUGGGUGUCAAAAUAGAGGAUGUGUCUUAUGAUCAGGAUACCACUGAUCUGCACAAAUGUGUAACUUUUAUCUGUGACCUCACACCAAAAAUGGACAGAUCAAAUUUGUGCAUUCUAGUCAGUGGAGCACUCGGAGGAAGGUUUGACCACGAGGCUGGUAACAUCAAUGUAUUAUACAAGUUCUCAAACAUCCGGAUUGUUCUUCUAUCGGAUGAUUGCCUGAUACAACUUCUACCGAGGACUCAUUGCCAUGAGAUCCACAUCCAGUCAUCGGUAGUGGGCCCACAUUGCGGAUUGAUUCCACUCGGUGCACCAUCAGCGAGCACCACUACGACUGGCUUGCAGUGGGAUUUAACCAACACAAGAAUGAGCUUCGGUAGUCUAAUAAGCACUUCAAACAUUGUGCGUGAGGAGAGAAUAACAGUCCAUUCUGAUUCAGAUCUUCUCUGGACGAUAUCUAUUAAAAAGGAUAUCUGAGUAGUACGUGUAGUACUUUAUUCUGUUUACUUUCCAUGAGUGAUAUAUACAGUGGUGAUUAUAGGUUUUAUACGGUAACAUUUAUCCCUGUAUUCUGAUUUAAGUGUUUCCAUCAUUUUUCAUCUUCAUUUAGCUUCCAAGGAUGUGGAAGCAAACAAGUUGACUUCUUAGGAUGUCACCUUUGAAUUCCAUGGGUUUGCAUCAUUCGUUA